UUCUCUAUCCGUCCCUUCAUCUUCCCCGAUCACCUCUUUGCCGUUCGCGUCCCGUCGCGUCUGAUCGGCGAAGGAGAUCGUGACGCGGACACGCCAUGGGAGCUUCGACUCCUCCGCCUCAUUGCGUCGACGUCCGUCGAGCUCUCGGCGGUGGCUCCGUUGCUGAUUUGCUUCUGUGGAGAAGAUGGCUGGCCGGGGUCGCGCUCCUGCUCUCUUCGACGGCGAUGUGGUUCCUGUUCGAGAGAGCCGGUUACAAUCUGUUGUCCUUCGCCGCGAAUACUCUGUUCCUUCUCGUCCUAAUACUCUUCCUCUGGGCUAAAUCUGCUGCCCUCCUCAAUCGACCAUUGCCUCCUCUCCUUGACCUAGAGGUUUCUGAGGAUUCUGUAGCCAAAGCUGCUGACAUUUUGGUAGAAUGGAUCAACCAUGCUUUAUCCUUUGAACGUGAGAUAACGGUCAAUCGAAACUUGAAGCUCUCCUUUCAGGUUACCUGUGGCUUGGGGGUAAUUUCAUACAUCGGCAGUCUCUUCAACUUUCUUACCCUAGUUUAUAUAGGGGUCGUUCUUGCCUUAUCUGUUCCUUUCGUGUACGACAAGUAUCAGGACCACAUCAAUGAUAAACUGUGCAUAACACACAGCAUUCUACAAAAGCAAUAUAAAAGAUUUGAUGAACGCGUCUUGAAGAAGAUUCCAGUGCCUCCUAACAAAGAAAAGAAGAUUGAAUAG